GGGAAAAGUGUCACUUCCAAGAGCCGGCCUUCCAAACCAAGGUCAGGCUUUCACCUCUGUGGACAUGGAAGUGGGAAAUCUCACCAUCCUGACUGAAUUCAUCUUGUUGGGUUUCUCAGCAGACCCCCAGUGGCAGCCGAUUCUAUUUGGAGUGUUUCUGAUGCUCUAUUUGAUAACCUUGUCAGGAAACAUGACCUUGGUUAUCUUAAUCCGAAUUGAUUCCCACUUGCAUACGCCUAUGUACCUUUUCAUUGGCAAUCUGUCUUUUUUGGAUUUCUGGUAUACCUCUGUGUAUACCCCCCAAAUCCUGGCCAGUUGUAUCUCAGAAGAUAAGCGCAUUUCCUUGGCUGGAUGUGGGGCUCAGCUGUUUUUUUCCUGUGUUGUAGCCUACACUGAAUGCUAUCUCCUGGCAGCCAUGGCAUAUGACCGCCAUGCAGCAAUUUGUAACCCACUGCUUUAUUCAGGUACCAUGUCCACUGCCCUCUGUACUGGGCUUGUUGCUGGCUCCUACAUAGGAGGAUUUUUGAACGCCAUAGCUCAUACUGCCAAUACAUUCCGCCUGCAUUUUUGUGGUAAAAAUAUCAUUGACCACUUUUUCUGCGAUGCACCACCAUUGGUAAAAAUGUCCUGUACAGACACCAGGGUCUAUGAAAAAGUCCUGCUUGGUGUGGUGGGCUUCACAGUCCUCUCCAGCAUUCUUGCUAUCCUGAUUUCCUAUGUCAACAUCCUCCUGGCUAUCCUGAGAAUCCACUCAGCUUCAGGAAGACACAAGGCAUUCUCCACCUGUGCUUCCCACCUCAUCUCAGUCAUGCUGUUCUAUGGAUCAUUGUUGUUUAUGUAUUCAAGGCCUAGUUCCACCUACUCCCUAAAGAGGGACAAAGUAGCUGCUCUGUUUUACACUGUGAUCAACCCACUGCUCAACCCUCUCAUCUAUAGCUUGAGAAACAAAGAUAUCAAAGAGGCCUUCAGGAAAGCAACACAGACUAUACGACCACAAACAUGAAGGUUAUUCUCUUUGCAAAUGCUGUUAUUGAAUUUUCCAGAUUAUUGGCUUAUAAAUAUGUUCAUUUGCAUUUCUGUAGUUCAAUUAAAUUCAAUGAGUCAUAUUUAAAACAUUAAGACAUUGACCACAUGAUUCUUUGUUAUUAGUUUGUUAUGAUGUAAACAAAACAAAGUAAUAUUUAAAACUUAUAAUACUGGGUUGUUUGACAUUCUACAAUAUGGUAUUUUGCCUUGGCAGUAUUAAAUCUUUCAUAGAUUUCAUUGUGUUUGCUGCCUUUGGGAGAUCUUGGCGAACAAAAUAAAUUACGUGGUUUAAUGAAUAUAGUUUGACUUUGAAGCUUGGUAAGCAAUCUUUACUAGGUGACAAGAAUACCUGAAAGGGUGAGACUUCUGGAAAUAUGCCCAAGAUUUUACAAAUAUUUAUUUUAAGAAAAUCAUUUCCUCAAAAUUUCUUCAGAAAGCUCUAAUUGAGCAUAUAGGGAGUAUCUUUGUAAACCUCAUGCCUUCUACAUAAAGAGAAUAUUAGGAAGAUGUUUAAGAGUUGUUCAGAUUACAAACAACGACAACAAAAAUCUAUCUCAAAAUUAAUGAAUAAAUGUGUGUCUUUAGAAUUGCAUAUCAUCCUAAAAGAGUCUUCUCUCUUACAAGGAGUGAGUACUCCACAGUACUCUCUCUCAGGUCACACAGCGAUGUGACAACAUUAAACAAAAUGAAACAAAUGAACAACAACAGUAACCACCGUUUCCUAGUUACCUUUCUUUUUCCUUUGUCCUGACCAAAAGACAGAAGCUGCAUGUUUGUCCCUGGCCUGAACCCAGCCUGGGCCUUGAACAUUACUAAGAACUGAUAAACUUGUUUAGGUCAAUGCCUGAAACCCUGAAAAAUCAAACAUGUUGCUAACCACAUGGAAACUAGCCUUGGCCUUGAGCCCAAUUCCCUAAACCCUGAUAUAAACUCCAUAACUGAACUCUCUUGUGAUGGCAGGUUGGGUUGAUAUUUCAUCUAGUAGCCUUUAGAAGAUGGCAAGUUAAGGAUUAAUGGUUACAGUUCUCAAAUCACAAGCUUGCAGCUUAGAGAUUAGCACUUUGUUAAAGAAAGGUUAUAAUAUUUGCUGGAAUGAACACAUUUAAAAAAUUAAUUAAAUUUUAAAAAUUUAGGACAAAUAGUUGUAGCCAUUUCAUUUGUCUUUACUUUGACAUUUCUCAUCUUUCCCUUCAGCUGCAUUUAUUUUCCAACACAUCCUGCCUCUUUCCAUCAAAAUAAUCUUAACAUUCUUAUUCCUCUAUCACAAAGGAAGCUGUUCGAGUACUUGACUAGAAGGAUUUGGGGUAUAUCCCGCAAAUAUCAAAGAUCCAUAUUAUGUUUUCUUUUCAUCUCCAUAAUACUCACAAUGUAGGAAAAAUAAUUGGGUUAAUAUUAUGGGAAAGAACAAAGUAAAAUUUAAUUUUACUUAGGAUGUCAGAAGUAUUACUCUUCCAUUUUGCAUUAAUGGGAGAUACUGAAUUUUAAAAACUGUAUCAAUAUUCAAUUGAAUCUACAAUACUGUAGUAUAUAUUAUAGUCUGAUCUCAAAAUCAUAACAAACAAACAAAAUACAAAGAAAC